AUGCCGCGGUUCCUGCACACUAUCGUAAACUUAGUAUGAGAGAAAAAGAUCAUUCUCCAAGAAAAAUGCUUCCUAGCCCCAAACAAGGGUCCGUCUACCCUAUUCUAGGCUCUAUGCCCUACAACAACUACAAUUCGAAUGUACCUUAUGAUUUGUCAUCACCUGCCCGAAGCAAUAGUUCGACAGCGGCCACAGCCCUUACCACCGCCCUAACGGCAUUGUAUCAAACACAGAAGGAUUUGAAAAAAGAUAGAAGGCGUGGUCACACGGAUCAACCUUUAGAUUUGAGAUUGGCACAUAAGAAACACGAUGGCGGAACGACGGGUGAGGGCGGAACAGAUGGCGAUUCCAACACCACCGAAAUGAUGGAAGAUGAGAAUAGCAAUUUGGUAAUGAUAACUGGCGGUCAAAUGGACAAGUCCUGUCACAACUCCGAAUGUAAUAGUAAUACCAACACUAAUUCCAGAGUCCUACAAGAUGGCGUUGCUGGUGAUAAGGCAACGGAUCUUCAUCUAUUAAAUGAGCUGAACAAUAACAACAACAACAAUUUCCUGCUACAGAAUAAUCAAGCUCUGCAAGAACAGUUCGAAGCUUUGAAUAGCAAAAAGAUGCUAAGGGUUUUGAGGGAUCAAGCCAAAUCGUUGCCAACUAAUUUGGAACAACUGCCAUUUCCUGUAACAGCCCUACAUCCUACCCUGCUCGAGACAAUAGCCAAAGCAAUGCCUCCUCUGCCCUAUCGUAAUCUCUUAUUUUUACCACGACCAAAUCAGGCCAAUAAUCCAGCUGCAAAUGUUAGCAAUUUUCCGUUUUUCUCCUCAACACCAGCGGCGGCCAGUACUCUUGGAAAAGAGACGAAAAAGAAUACCACCACUGUGACGGCAACCACCACCACACCUCACAUAGCCCAAGCAGAUUCCAAUAUGGCAGAUCUGAAGUUUGAUGUUGCCACCGCCAAUAGAAAUUCCCUAACCGAAAGUCUGGCCAAUUCGUUGCUGCUCAGUCAAAAUGGUCCAGCCAUUGGCGGACCCACGCCCCCCACUAAUCAAAACACCGCCACCAAUGCACCCCAUUAUCGCCAAAAGAGACCUGCGGUUAAUCGUUCCAAUGCUCCAGCCGGAGCCAAUCAUCUGUACAAAUCAAAAGAUCGUUAUACGUGUAAAUUUUGUGGCAAGGUAUUCCCGCGGUCGGCGAAUUUGACGCGUCACCUGCGCACACACACGGGCGAGCAACCCUACAAAUGCAAAUAUUGCGAACGUUCCUUUAGUAUAUCGUCGAACCUGCAACGUCAUGUGCGGAACAUCCACAACAAGGAGAGGCCAUUUAAAUGUGAGAUUUGUGAACGAUGUUUCGGCCAGCAAACCAAUCUCGACCGCCAUCUGAAGAAGCAUGAAGCCGAUGCAGUUUCAAUGGGUUUGGGUCUCAACGAACGCAUACGUGGAGGUCUACGCCGUUUCUGUGAAAAUCCUGCCGAGGAGUCAUAUUUUGAGGAGAUACGUUCGUUUAUGGGAAAAGUCACUCAAUUGCCGUUAAAUUCAUCAGCAGCGGCGGCGGCCAGUGCCUCGAAGUUGGCAUUAAUGGAUCAUAGUACAACACCGCACUCUGAACCUCAUUCACCAGGCCGAAGUUCAUCGUAUGCUGCCUCAGAUCCUGACUCAACAGCCAGUGGCCUAAGAAUUAUCAUAAAGGAUGAGCACAGCAACCACAGUACUCAAUCAAAUGAUCAGCAACAACACGAAGAGAUCAAUGAUCCACAACAACCACCAACCGGAGGGUCAGGAGGGUCAUCCACACCUCCGCAUAGAAGUAAUCAGGGCUCCCCCUCGAAUAUACACGCAAAUAAACUAAGUCCUUUUGAAGCAUCACCUAGUAGAGAGUGUCCGGCAACAACCUAA